UUAAUAUAUAGGUUGGAAACAGUUAAGUGUGCUUUAUUAUCAAAUUGUAGCAAAAAACGGUUCAGAUGGGUAGUGACAGUUCCAAUACAGAUUUUCUUAACAUCUUUAAAUCUCAAAAGCCAAAACCAGAAGAAAACCAUGACCAACUGUCGCCUUCGCCCUACGCUGAUACCUACAAAAUGGACCACUCAAAAAGAGGCAUCGCCGUUAUUUUCAACCACGUCAACUUUUCUCACCCCGAGUGUUCAAAAAGAAACGGAUCCGACAAAGACAGAGACGACUUAGUAGAUAUGUUUCAUAAUUUGAACUUUGAUGUUUUGGUGCACAAUGACCUAACAGCUCAUGAUAUCGCCCGUGUACUGAUCACAGUAUCUGGGAUGGAUCAUACUGAUUCCGAUUGUCUUGCUGUAGUAGUAAUGAGUCAUGGAGAUAAUGGCAAGCUUUAUGCAAGGGACCGGGAGUACCCCACUAGGACUAUUUGGAAAUAUUUUACUGCAAGCAAUUGUCCCACGCUUGCAGGCAAACCUAAAUUAUUUUUUGUACAGGCCUGUAGAGGAACUGGUUUACAUUCUGCUGCAACCCUUCAGUACAAAACUGGUGGAGUAGAAGAAGACAGUUCUUCGGAUGACGCUUAUUAUUCCAUUCCAGUAAUGGCUGACAUUCUGGUGAUGUAUUCCACUGUUGAAGGUUUCUAUUCUUGGAGAGAUCCCGGCAAAGGAGGAUAUUUUAUUCAGUCUUUAGUGAAACAGAUGAAACUAUACCACAAAACUAAAGAUCUGUUGACUAUUUUAACUUUUGUUAAUCGUGAAGUCGCUGUUGAUUUUACUUCAUAUGAACCAGGCUUGCCUGAAUACUGUGGGCAGAAACAAAUGUGUUCUAUUGUUAGUAUGUUGACGAGACUGGUGUAUUUUAAUAAAAGGAUUUGAAACUGUUAGGCUAGAUGUUAUACUUCGCUAUUAACUACAGUUUAUUAUUUAUAUAUUUACUGUAAUUUAUUAUAAGAAAAAAUAUUGAGAAAAGUGGUAAACAAGGCGCUAUUUAUUGUUAAAAAGGAUUUUGUAAACGAUCUUGAGUGGUGUUAUCGUAAUUAAAUAAUAAUUAUUA